AUGCUCACACCUAUCAACUGGUUCGCGACUGAUGCAUGGCGAGAGAAGUUGGAGAGAAUCAGAAUCAUGGGAAUCAAUAGACUUCCUUUCAUGUGGCUGCUUCGAGAUGUGAUUGGUUCAAUCAUAACCACACUACUAACCUCACUCACCAUCCCUUACCUGCUCGUGAAGUCUCUGUUCCCGUUGCUUGGAUUUUCUCAAAGCAUCGAUUCAGCUGUUGAGCGGUUUAUAUGGCCGGUGUUAUUAGCCUUGAUUGCAGUCUGGUUCAUGGCCAAGCUAACACGUGAUCUCAUUAUCUACCUUCACCAAUUGGUCUUCAAUGAACGGUAUUUGGUGGGUGAAAGAGUGGACAAUCUGACUGAAGAUCUAGUGCAUUAG